AUGGUUCUGAAAGAAGCAUCGGCUAACCUGGUUGUGUGGCUUCUCUGUACUUGGAUUCCAACUUUGCUCGCAGAUGAAGCUGUCAAUCUGCCAGCCCCUCCGGACCUUUCUGUACAUUCUACUAACAUGAAGCACAUCUUGACUUGGAGUCCAGUCACUGUCCCUGGAGAAACAGUAAAUUAUUCAGUUGAAUACCAGGGAGAGUAUGAAAGAUAUUAUACUAGCUCCAUCUGGAUCCCCAGCAGUUGGUGUUCUUCCAUUAGUAUCCCAGAAUGUAAUGUGACAGAUGACAUCACAGCCACUGUGGCUUAUAACUUUCGAGUCAAGGCAACACUGGGUACUCAAAGUUCAUCCUGGAGCACCCUGAAAGAGCUUUUCAAUCGCAACUCAACUGUCCUCACCUCUCCCAGAAUGAAAAUUAGCAAGGAUGGAUAUCAUUUAAUAGUGGAAUUUGAGGACAUGGGGCCAUAUUUUGAAUUCAAUGUUACUUAUUGGAAGAAGAGCCCCAAAUCUCAGAAGGAACUCUAUAAGAUUGUGAGGGAAGGUGGCAGUCUGGUACAUCUGGAGACUAUGGAGGCAGGAGCUGAGUACUGCGUGAAAGCCCAGACCGUCGUGGAAGUUAUUGAGAGAAGCAGUGCUUUCAGCCAGGUGGAAUGUAUCAGAGCACAAGAUGAAUCCUCUCUGCUGACUAUUAUCCUGGUCUCCUCUGCUGUUUUUAUACUGUUUCUAGUGGGUCUGCCUCUAUUCAUUUGGAAAAUGAGCCAGUUGCUACGGUACUCUUGCUGUCCUGUUGUUGUCCUUCCAGACACAUUGAAAAUAACAGAUUCACCUCAGAAGUUAAUAAGCUGUAGAAAGGAAGACAUUGAGCCCUGUGAUAUCGUUGCACGGGUGAUAUAUCCGGAAGAGCUCUUCCGUUCAUGGAUCCAAGAGGCUUUAUAG